AUGGACGCAAAACCAUCCUUCGGCGAGGACUCCAAGCCCCGCGCGGCCGACGGCGCGGCGAUCGGCGAGGCGGUGCAGUUCGAGCACAGCCUUACGUUCGGGCAGGCGCUGCGACUCUAUCCGGCAGCCAUCGGGUGGUCGGCCUUUGUGUCCAUCGGCGUCAUCAUGCUUGCCUUCGACCCGCAGCUGCUGGGCAACCUGUACGCGACGCCGCAGUUCCAGCGCGACUUUGGAUACGAGUUUGCCGAGGGCAGGUACAUCAUCAGCGCGCCGUGGCAGACGGGCCUAUCAAUGGGCAACCCGGUCGGGCAGGUAGUAGGGGCGCUGGUGGCGGGCUACCCGAUGGACCUAUUCGGGCGCAAGCGCACCUUCGCCGCGUGCGUGGUGCUGACGGGCGGACUCAUCUUCAUCCAGUUCUUCGCGCGGUCGCUGUCGGUCCUGCUGGUGGGCGAGCUGCUCGGCGGCCUAGUGCUGGGCUGCUACGUGGUCAUCGCGCCGGCCUACGCCUCCGAGGUGUGCCCCAUGGCGCUGCGGGGGCACCUGACCAGCUACGUCAACCUGUGCUUCGUCAUGGGCCAGCUUCUCGGCAACGGCGUCACCGCCGGCACGAGCCGCCUGCAGGACCACUGGGCCUACUCCAUCCCCUUCGCCCUGCAGUGGUUCUGGGUUGCCGUCAUCGUGCCGGGCGCCUUCUGGGUGCCCGAGAGCCCCUGGUGGCUGGUCCGCAGGGGCCGCAUGGACGACGCCGAGGCCGCCCUCCGCAGGCUGGGGUCCGACGGCGUCGACGUCGCCGCCACCCUGGCCGUCAUCGUCGAGACGGACCGCCUCGAGCAGGAGCUGGAGAUGGGGAGCACCUACUGGGACUGUUUCAGGGGCGCGAAUCUUCGCCGCACCGAGAUCUCCAUCGGCGUCUACUGCACACAGGUGCUCAGCGGCAUCUACCUGAUCAACUACGGGACCUACUUCUUCCAGCUCGCGGGGCUGGCGACGCAGAAGGCGUUCUACAUGGGGAUCGGUUUCUUGGCCGUCGGCUUCGUCGGCACAAUCAUAUCAUGGUUCCUUCUCGUCCGCUUCGGGCGCCGGCGGAUCUACAACGUCGGUCUGGCCGUGCUCGUGGUCCUCAUGUUCGUCAUCGGGAUCCUGGACUGCAUCCCCGGGCGGCCGUCGGGGGUGCAGUGGGCCGAGUCGUCGCUCAUGCUGGUGUGGAACUUCGCCUACGACCUCUCCAUCGGCCCCAUCUGCUUCGUCAUCAUCUCCGAGGCGAGCGCGACGCGGGUGCGGUCCAAGAGCAUCGCCGUCGCCACGGCGGCGCAGGCCGUCCUGGGCAUAGCCAUGACCGUUGCCAUCCCCUACAUGAUCAACCCGGACGAGGCGAACAUGCAGGGGAAGCUGGGCUUCUUCUUCGGCGGCCUCGCGGCGCUGUGCUUUGCCUGGGCGUACUUCCGCGUCCCUGAGACCAUGGGCAGGACGUACGAGGAACUGGACAUCCUGUUCGACAGGAAGGUGCCCGCGAGGAAGUUCAAGGAUUAUGUUAUCGAUGGUGGCGUUGAUGCUGGGGAGUAA